ACUACAUUCGUUUCAUAAUAAUAAUAAUUCAUAAUAAUAUUCACAUUUGAGUUUUUCGUAAAAAAAUAUAUAAUUUGUGAUUUCCAUAAAAUUUGAAAUUGAACUACGUUAUAAAAUUACAUUAAGCUCAGGUUAUAGUAUCAUUUUGGUUAGACAUGCAGAUUUUCCUUAAAUAUUUACCGAACGAGGAUGGUGUGACGAAGGAAUGGGCGUUAGUUGAAGUGCAGGGUGAGUUGGGGUCCAGAGAGGAAACGAGCCUUGAUGGACAAUUUGUUGGAGAUUUGUACUACAAUCGGGAGGGAUCGCCCAUCCUUAUCAUUGGUCACCAUAUUCUGUUUGGCAAUGUGCAAAAGUUAGAAAAACCAUUCGCUGUGUUGGAGAAAGUUCGAGGGUCGAAUGAAGCAAAGACUGAAUAUUCUGUGAAAGCUGUAAUUAAGCGUAAAUUAUGUUUUAGAGAAAGGCCUAAGCCAAUUGUUGGUGCAUUUACCAAUAGUAGUAAUCCCAAUGACACAGAAGAGUUAGUACAAGUUGGUUAAACUUAUUCAAUGUAAAAUGUACCUAUAUUCAUGUAUUUUCGUAGAAAGAAGAAAGUUAAGUAAUAAAAUAACAGGAUCACAUAAAUUUAUGUUUAUUUAUUAUGUUAUAUAUUCGUUCUGUUCUGUUGUAAUUGUAACCACAUAACUAUUUUCGCAAUACUUUCGGGUUGAAAAUUUAAUAAAAUUCCGGCUGCGAACUUCACGAAAGCAAUUUCGUUGCGUCAUUGAUGCCUUAGAUUUUUAUUUAAUAAAUAUAUAAAGAACGAUUACGAGUGCAACUCAAUAAUCAAUCAGAUAUUAUUAUUAAACAAGAUUGUUCUAAUAUAUAUUUUUCUACUACUUUGUGUUCAAAAAUUCAGUCACUUAACUUACUUUCGAUUGAGUUCGAAUUAACAUAUUUUAAUGAUACCCAUUCAAGGGAGGUGACAGUGUAAUAAAAUACAGAGCUAAG